AUGGAGCUCUCCCCUCAUGAGGACACCGCCGACGAUGAAUUCUGCGCCUGGUACUCUCGACCUGACCUUGAGCACGCCUGUUUCUCGCACAACGCAAAUCUUCUUCCUACCGAUCUGUGCACGGAAUGCAAAGAGUCGACGUCCCACGAGUUGAUCGAAAUCUACCACAAUUUCCGUGGAGACUACACAUUCCGGAAGACUUACGCAGAGAUCCGCCGCGACGCUGCCGUUUGCGCUCUAUGUCGGGCCAUCGACGACUCUAGCCACCUAUCGCGGCUGUUGCCUCCUAUUGCAACGCCACCUGUUAUCCCACCACCCGAUUCCACUAUACACCUAAAAGGUCUCUUCUAUGACUCCUUUGGUAUUGGGAUGAAGAAAGGAGGUUACUUUGUAUCUGCGAGGGGUUCGACUCGGUCCAGUAGUGGAUUUGCAUAUGAGCCCAUUAGAUUGGGAUACCUAGAUCCAAUCAUCUCUCAAAGCAUCGACACCGACGCUAAUACAUCUCGGAGCGAAUCCGCCGAUUCCGAACUGGACAGGCUGCCAGGCGCCACCGUCGACCUCUGUAUAGCUUCACCCAGGAACCCAAACAGCUCUUUUCCCGUGGGGAACUCUGGGCGAGAGGAGUGGUCGGUGGCCGGCUGCGCUUACGACUUUGUCAGCCUUGCGAGAGCAGACAACCUUACACUGCCCUCAGUUACACCUGGGGGGGGAUCCGAUUUACUGAAAACGACCAUUGGAAGCUACGGCAAUUUUCAAGAUAACAUCCCUGCUGGUGGGCUUUGCGAGACAAUACGGCAGGCCGCUAGAAUAACAUAUGCCAUUGGAGUAGCGUACAUGUGGAUUGAUUCCCUCUGUAUAGUACAGGACGAUGCUGAAGAUUGGGCUCGUGAGUCGCCAAAGAUGGUAGGGCACCCCUAUUCCCAUCCUUCAUCUUGCUUAUCGUUUCUUCAGAGAGAUGUCUAUGCCAACGCAUACCUUACCAUUUCGGCUUCGGCACAGGGUAGGAAUGGAUGCUACCCUCACAAGCUCACAGAUUCGCGCCAUGCCAAAAUUAUACAGGGCAAAAAUAAAAUGAGGCUCAUUCCACAGCCUUCCGAUGCCGCUCAUUGGAACAUGCUGAAUGAGCCUCUCCAAAGCCGCGGUUGGACCCUCCAGGAACGACUACUCUCCCAUCGCGUUCUUUACUGCUCCAAAUUGGAUUACUAUUGGCUGUGCAGGGAAACCCAGGAGUGCGCCGCUCAUAGUUUUGCUUCCGCCUUUUUCAAUUGUACUGGGAUUGAUCCCCAUGAGGACAUCCUUGCCGGCUUUUUGUACGACCUCCCUCUUCUGCUUCCAGCAAGCGCACAGCCAAUACAAGCCUUGGUUCUCUGGUAUAAGAUGCUUCUCGACUACUCAGUCCGCCUACUUACGGAACCGUCCGACAAGUUACCUGCUAUCGAGGGAAUCACUCAGAGAUUUAAAAUGUGGAUUAAAUCUGAUUGUUUGCAUGGUCUCUGGAAAUCUGAUCUUGCUUACGGUCUGAUGUGGCGCCGACAUUGGGCUUCCUUUACUCAAAACCGAUAUGAUUCCUCCGACUACAACCGUCUCGUGCGUGGAAGAGUGCCAUCAUGGUCCUGGGCAAACACGGAUGGCUAUCUGGAGCAACUUGGCAUCUAUAUCAAGCUGAGUAUGUGGAAGCCUAGUCAAGACCAUCACCGAGCUCUCGAGGCAUCUGUCGCGGUCGCAGACGAAGACGAACACUCCAUGUAUCCCAGCUCCACCAGCAUCAUCAACCCUUGUUUGCUCAAAAUCCGCGGUCAGUUGCUGCCUUUGAAGUAUAACCGCGACAGCGAAGGACGCAGAGGCGGUAUGCCAUAUUGGCAACUGCAAGAUCCCCAGCCUGGCGACAAAGUUGAGGUGCAUUUCACGGCAGACGACCCGAACUUCGAUCCAAGCGAGUCCACAUCUGGCUCCAAGCCGAGCAUCUAUCUUCUCCCAAUUAUUGGCCUCAUGGCUCUAGUUGUCACCCCAACUGACAGACACAACGUCUACCGGAGGGUCGGACUAUCUAGCGAUAUGGAUUUAAGGACAAUUAUUGAGAGGAGCUACAGACACCUUUCUUCUACUAAUUCAUUAGAAUCCACUAGUACAUCCCAUUUCACCCAAGAAUCAUGUUUUGGUGGUGAUGGAGCUGAAGAUGAAGAUGUGGCGGCGCUUGAGGAUAGUGGCGAGGGGCUCGGCGGUGGUCGCAGUAAGGAGAAAGCCUCAGCUAACAGCGCAUCUGACAGCAGCAGUGUUAGCCAGGAUGAGUCUAGUCGAGGGGAACGUGAAAGCGGCAGUGAAUCAAAAACAUCGCUGCCGUGGGAGGAGCAAUACUCUCCAAGUGCUAAGUUCUGUACAAUUUUCUUAUGCUAA